AUGGCUCCUACAAAAAACUUAAGUACACAACAAAGAGAACACAUAAUGCAGAAGCUGCUGUCUGCAUUAAAUAAGAAGGGCAAACCAGUGCUAGGCACAAUCAAUGCACUUGCGAUUGAGUUUCAAGUGUGUAGGAAAACAAUCACACGUUUGUGGAAUGAUGUCAAGAAGCAGAUGACAAACAACACCACAGUGAUUAACCUCAACAGUAAGAGAGGGGGCAGAGAAGCAGCAAACAAAAUAAAAUUCGAUGAAGAAAAAUUUAAGGCCAUUAAAUAUGAAAUCAAGGGUACUCAGCAUUCAGUAGCAAAGCAAAUGAAAGUGUCACAAUCAACGGUGUGUAGGUGGAAGAGGAACAAAGUCAUAAGAAGGCACACAAACGCAAUCAAACCGACUUUGAAUGAAAACAACAAGUUACACAGGUUAAGCUUUGCAUUAUCUAAAUGUGAAUAUGAUGAACAAAAUGAUGCAUUCAAAUUUAAGCCAUCUACUAACGUUGUUCACAUAGAUGAAAAACACUUCUAUCUAACCCGAGAGACACAGAGUUAUUAUCUAGCUCCGGGUGAAGUAGAACCAUAUAGAGAAUGUCAAUCAAAAAGGUUCAUACCAAAAAUCAUGUUUAUGUGUGCUGUUACAAAGCCAAUAUUUACAAAGUCAAUAUCAAAAAUCUGCUUACAAUGUUAA